UUAUGACAGCCUCCGUGGAACUUUUCCUUUUCUUUUUCUUGUAGCCGUUUGUUCGGCCACACAUUCAUUUGCUUAUUUGAUGUUUUAUUCGAUUUUUUCCUUUUUAUAUUUUUCUAUUUAAAUUUGUGUCAACGCUAAAAUUACCACAACAGUGUAGUGAAUAGUCCGUGUUGUUCAGCUAAAUCGGAAGAAUAAAGAAUUUUGGCGUCGAUUCAGUUGAAUCGAACGUUCGAAAAUAAUCAAAAAAUAAUAAUUUAAUCGGAGAGAGAAUGGCGAUAAAACCGGGUCUUGGCAGAAAAUCAUCGAAGAAUCCACCAAUAUUGAGCCAUGAAUUUGUUAUCCAAAAUCAUGCCGAUAUUGUGUCGUGCGUUGCGAUGAUAUUUGUGAUUGGAUUAAUGUUGCAGGCAACCAGUUCCAUUGCUAGUGUGUUUGUUGCUUUACAUCACAGCAUAACCGGUGCAGAUCCGACCCAUGAAAAUCCGAGAGGAAUCCCCUAUACCUAUGAGUCAGGCUGGAGAGAUUGGUGUGCGGUAUUCUUUUACACAUUAAUUUGUAUCAUUAUGCAUGCCGUGCUGCAAGAAUAUGUGAUCGAUAAAAUCUCGAAACGAUUGCAUCUCUCCAAAUUCAAAUUGUCCCGCUUCAACGACUCAUCGCAGCUGAUUUUCUUCUACGCAAUGUCAUUCCUGUGGGGUGCCGACGUUAUUCUACGCGAGGGUUACAUCGGCAAAGCGGCCCUGUUAUGGGAAAACUAUCCCGAACAUCCGAUGAUUUUCCUGCACAAAUUGUUCUUCAUCAUCCAAUUGGCCUACUAUUUGCACAUGUUACCCGAACUGUACUUCCAAAAGGUGAAAAAAGAAGACCAACAGCCAAAGAUCAUUCAGUCGAUUGUUAGCUUUUCAUUCGUUGCGUUAGCGUACUACUUGAAUUUCCACCGUGUCGGUUUGGUUCUGCUCACGUUGCACUAUCUGUCCGAAGUGAUUUCGCAUGUGUUUGUGUUGAUUGAGAUUUUCGACCGUGACGACAAGUACGUCAAUUUGAACAUCAUCAGUCGCAUUGUGUUCGUUUUCACGCGUUUCGCCACCAUGGUACUGUCCGUCCUAACAUUCUACUACAAAAUCGAAAACAGUCCGUUCAGUUUGGUGGCACUGUUUGCCAUCUUUGCGCUGCAAGGCUAUUUGGUAUUCCAAUUUAUCAAUGAUGUGCUGAAGGCUAAACGGGCUAGCCUGGUCGAACAGAACGUGGCUAAGAAGAAGGUUGUUAAGACGGAAAAGUCGAAAAAGGAGCGAAAACGUGAAAGUGAUCUACCUGAAGCCGAUCAGGAUACUGGUCGUAAACCGGAAACGAAAAAAGUUAAAUGAAAAAAUUGAAAAGAAAAUUUCUGGAGAAAAUUCUAAGAAUGGACACAAAGUUUUCUUUUGAAAAAAAAAAAUAAUAAAAAAUCAAAAAACAAAAUCCAAAUUGUUUUGAAUGUGGAUUGCAGGCGUCUCGGCAUGCGUGCAAUAAAUAUAAAUUUCCUUCUCGUUUCUCUUUUAAAAAUUUAAUUAUUUUUUGGCAGUGUCUCCCAUCAAAGCAAAACAAUCUGUCAACUUACACGCGCAAUUAUUUCGAUUUUUUUUUUCUCUAAAAUUAAUUUCGUCUCGUUAAAAUGAUCGUUUCGGAAAAUUUUAAGACUAAAAGAUAAAUGCAUUUCGAUUAUAAGAAGAAAAAAAAACACCUCAGCUCAGAAUAUCCACAGUGUGUCGAUUGUGUUGUCAAAAAUUUAUUUUUUAUAAUUUUCGUUCUGUUUUUUUUCCUUUCCAACAACAUUGUUAGAUAGUUUUUGUAAAUUGAUUCUAAUAAUUUAUAAAAUAAAAAAAACUUUUUAUUACAAAAAAAAACGAAGAAAA